GGUUGAUUGUGGGUCUUCGGAAGAUAGUGGCUGUAGCUCCCUCUGACUUCUUUUUUUCGCUGCUACUAUCCUCUGGAAUAUGCUUGCUCUGCUUUUGAUGCAGCUCUUACAUGCAGGAUUUGGAGCGCCCGCCAAAUUAACCACGAAACCCCUCAAGUGCCACACCAUUGUCUACUGGAUGCUCUUGUAGAACAGCAAGGAAGAAGCUGGGACCAUUCCAAGUGUAGAGAUGAUCUUCAAGCAGUUACCACUUGAAGCAAAGUUUGCAGCUGUUGCUGGAAUAGUUUUCUUCUCCAUGAUAGCAUCCCGGAUAUAUUUGGCUGAAAGGAUCGAGGUGAAGAGCUUGAGAUGGCUGGUCAGAUUGCAGAUGCUGUUGUUUGUUAAUGCCCUGAUGCUCAUUGGAUCCCUUCACAUAUGGAGAAGCACAGUGACUGUGUUCUAUAAGUCACCAACUGUUAACUCGUGCUAUUUUACCUUAUGGAAAAUAGCUGUGUUCAUGUUCCUGGUCUUGGCACACUCAAGCUUUUUUACACUGCUGUUUCUUGUGGCAGAAGAGCCUUAUUUCUUUUCAUUAGCUGCAUACACCUGUCUUGGAGGCUACAUCAUCCUUAUUUUUUUCCUCUUUGCCCUAGGUUCUUUGGAGCAAGGCUAUAAGUUCUUAGUCCAAAGAGGUGCAAAGAUGAGCAUUAUCAAUAAAAAUAGCAGACUGGCAAUGAAACCAGCUCUAGCCAUUUUGGUGACCAUUGCAUUGACUAUUCUUGGACUUCUGAAUGCUUCCCAGCCUCCUGCCGUGAAAACAGUAGCUAUUCCUGUUCAUAAACUGCCCUUGUCGAUGGAUGGCCUGAAGGUGGUAUUGCUUUCUGAUAUUCAUCUAGGCCCCACUGUUGGGAAAACCAAACUUGAAAUGAUCGUAAAAAUGGCUAAUGCUUUAAAACCAGAUAUCACUGUGAUUGUGGGUGACCUUACUGAUUCUGAUGUGAAAGACCUUGGGAGUGCUGUGGAACCUCUUGGCAACCUUGGCUCCACACUAGGAACUUAUUUUGUCACAGGAAACCAUGAGUACUACACCUCUGAUGUCAACAAUUGGUUUGAAUUACUGAAAUCAUUCAACAUUCGCCCCCUCCACAAUGAAAACACAAAGAUCAGGUUUCCCAAGGGCAGAGACGGUGAUUGGUUUUGUCUGGCAGGGGUUGAUGAUAUCGAAGCUAAUGCAUUGCGCUAUUCUGGGCAUGGUAUGGAUUUGAAAAAGGCUCUAAGGGACUGUGAUACUGAUCAUGCAAUAGUUCUUCUUGCCCAUCAACCACUUGCUGCAAAAUGGGCUCUCCAAGCUCGGCCAGAUAUAAAUUUGGUAUUGUCUGGGCACACUCAUGGAGGGCAGAUAUUUCCUCUGAAUAUUGGUGCCUACUUCCUGAAUCCAUUCUUUGUUGGUUUAUAUAAAGUUGGACAGAGCACUUUUGUGUAUGUCAGUUCAGGCAUCAUGUACUAUGGAAUACCAAUGAGACUGGCUAGUAGAGCAGAAAUAACAGAAAUCAUUCUGCAUUCUGAAGUAAUAUAACAGCUUUGGAUCCCCCCUUCUCCCAGGCUUAUACACCUUGUAUAUAAAGUUCACUCACUCUGCACUUUCACAAAUCUCUGGAUAUUUGUUGGACAGGUGCUUAGAUCUGCAAGUCAUUGUGUCUUCUCCUCCCACCUCCCUUUAAAAAACAAACAAAACAUGUUCAUUAAGUUUCUGUCGAGCAUAUGUCCAGAACUUCCAGAGGCCUAAACGUUUAAAUGUUCAUCCUCUCAACAGUAUGAAGAAAUUAUACCUGUGUGCAUUCUUUGUGUAUCCUUCCCUCUGCCCCAGAAUUUAAGGGAUUCAUCUACUGUAUGUCAGGUUUGUCUUCUAGCCCAGGGCUGCACAACUUUGGCUCUCCAGCUGCUGUUGGGACUACAGCUCCCAUCAUUCCCAGCCACAAUGGCCAGUCAUUGGGGAUGGUGGAAGUUGUACAGGUGAA